UUUGAGCUUAUAUUUAUAUCUGAAUUUGUACAUAUAUAUUUCCUACGGUGUUCAUUUGCCUGUCCCAUUGUCUUUUGCCUGUUUAUGGUCUGUUAUAUGGAUUUUUAUCUGAAAUUCAGUCUGGCACAUUCCACACAGAUGAUGGACUAACGCCCCCAAAUAUGAGACAUGAGGAACAUGCACUGACAAAUUACAAAUCUAGUUUGAAGUUCAUUCUGUUCACAUCGUCAUCAUGCUGUGGUUGCUGCCCAUUCAGGGGCUUCUUAUUAUCGCAUUGGAAGUGACUGUGGCCACUAAGUGGUACUCUGGCGGAUUGGACUUCAAGGAUCCCUCUGCCUGGAUAGAUGGCUACAUGCCGUGUAGCCGGGAUCUUGUGGCUUUCCCAUCAAACUAUCCAGCCCUGCUACCUUUACCAGAGGAACUUUCCAUUGAAGGUUUAGUUUUCCCCCGAAACGGGGCCAUUCUUCUGGCCGAAGAAUCUACUAUAACAUUCGGUUCAACGGCGAAUUCCCAAUGCGAAACUGAACAUUUGAAGGUAGCUCUCCUAAAGGAACCCAAGUCGAGCAAAUGGUUUGAUCCCGGCACCUGGAGGACCGAUAGGGACAACGAAUUAUCUACCUCUGUGCCAGAGCUCGAGAGGAUUCCCUGUGACAACGAGCAAGUCAUAAUCAAGGGCCACGGCCCGCUGGCCUUUGAUCUGGAGAAUGUGGAGUACCUGAGGGUGGGGCAGCUCAUACUGGCUGGCUCAUCGGUAUCGAAACUCUAUUUGGAGCAACUACUGACCAGGGAUUUGGGUCAAUACCUCUUCCACAAUGCCCGGGGCGUCCAGGUCGAGUACUAUAGAGGAGAACUUUGCGGCUGCCACAAGGAUUUCGACCGUCUGCUGGAGUCCGUUUGCCAUAAUGUCCAGGAACAGUGUGAGGUCCCGCACUGCCUGUCUCCAGUGCGUCCCCUGGGCUCCUGUUGCCUAAUUUGCGGCGCCAUCAUUUCGACGCCCACCAGUCAGUGCUCCGUACGGGAUAAGAAACAGGUCACGGCCCAGAUAAACGAGCUCAUCACGAAGCAGGAUUUGAAGGAUCAGAUCCAUCUCCAUGUGGAGUUCGUGGGCUCUCGGCAGUUUGGCAACCACCUGCAGGCCGUGGUCACGGAUCGUCAUGGUUACAGUGAGCGCAGUCUGGAGUUCCUAGAGCUUCUGAUGAAGGCAAGGAAAAUGGUCGGCACCACCUUGAAGGUUUCCGGUCAUCCCUACAAUCCGAACGUGAGCGUUUCGUCUAUUCUCCUGAUUCUCCUCUGCAUGGCUCUAGUGGGCCUGGUCUCGGUUAUCAUCUUGGCCCACUAUAUGCCGGAGAAUCCCUACCUAAAUCGCAUACCCCACUGGAUCCACGACACGAGGCGCUGGAGGUGGCGACACUUGGGCGUUCGAUUGCGCAGGAAUCUGCUGUUUAAUCGCUUUGAGAACACUGUACCGGGUGGUGCUGGUGGCGACGGCUCCCAUGAUGGAGGUUCAUCUGGAGUUGAUCGCUUGGGGAUUAUGGCCUAUGACCCGGAAAGCGGAGAAGUGCGGGAACGGGCCUUUGAUAAUCCCAUGUUUGAGCAGGCAGCAGCCAUGGAGCAAGCUGCCAGGGACGUAGAGGAGCAGUCAGUGGAUAUUGUGGGUGCUCCUCGAAUGGAAACUGGUGACCUAGGCGCCCCUUCUGUCGUAGAGGAUGACCAAGAGCUCACAGAAAUUAAUCUAGAUUCCGGGGGCGUUGAUAGCGAUUGCGAAGUAGAGACCAUAGAAUAAACAGUGAAUUUCCCCUCACCCUCUAAGAGUCCAGAUUUAUUUGUUCGGAACUAAAUGGAAAUGAUAAGCUUUGUCGCUGCUUGGCUUGUACAUUGCAGCUAAAGCGUGAAAUGGAGACCGAGAGGUUCUUUCUAUUUUUCUUUAAAUAGUAAAUUUCUUAGAGAGAAGCAAACUUCUGUAGGGAACAUGUAUACCAGUUAAUUCUACUGCAUUGUCAAAGACUUAAUCGAUGAAUUAAAUAUUACGUCAAUAUUAGAUCUUUGGAAAAUACACGACUGUCAACCGAUACAUGGAAGCAACAAAAGAUAAUUCAGGCACUGUACUACACCGUAUCGCUGGUCAAUGAUUUUGUGGGAACCAACGAGCUG